GGAGGCUCCGGGCCUCCUUCUCCAGAAAGCCCUCGCUGAAGGGAAAUAGAGAGGAUGGUGCAAGGAAGCUGGCCGGCCUGCUCGGCACCGAGGCGGGUCCUGACCUGGACACCACCGCUGACAAGAUCUUCUACUACAUCCCUGGGCCGGUGAGCAGGCGGGUGGCGCGUCCCAGCUCACAGGGUGCGGCGGUGGUGGUCUCUGUGGGGCUGCGUGUACCUGUCCUAGCGUUCCAGGGCCCAGGGUCUUCCCUGUCAGCCUGGGGGGAGUCAGUCCAGAACCAAGUGAGGAAGGAGACACCGCCCCGCCCUGGGGAGCUCCCCUGGCGGAAAGCCUGAGCAGAGAGCGAAACCGAGACACUGAGUCAGUGGGGCGGGCUGGGGGCGGGCCCUCCCCAAGUCUCUGCUCCACCGGAGGGGGCGCCGAGACCAGGCUCUCCACCCAGAGCCUUACCUGGGGUGUCCACCCACUGCCCCCCCGCCAACUUGGGGGCCGGACAGUGCGUCCAGGUACAUUCGAGGUAGACCGGCAUGUCUGUCGCUGCGUGGGCGUGGGGUUGUGUCGGGGUGGCUGCCAUCAUUCCGCGAGAGUGAGGGGCUCCAGGUGUCUGCUGAGCCAGCCUCUCACCUGCUUCAGGCUUCAGUCUCUCCCGGGGUGUCUCGGCACCCACCCCUGCCUCAUUCCUAGCAGCGCACCGUGCUACCCCCUACCAAGGCCACACAGCAAGGACACGGCUCCUGCAUGCUAGGCCACCUCUGAGCUGAACACUGCCCCCCUCACCCUGCGCAGCUCCUGGGGAGCUAAGGGUUAGCUGAGAGGGGAGAGGCACCCAGCCCUUUACUGUAACCUGGAUAGCUUCGGGUAUGGUAGGAGGCUCUGCUAUGUGCAAAAGCCCCAGAAUGCAAGGGAAAUGAUACCCCAAAAUCUAACCCCAGGCCAGAGAAGGAGGAACGUUUGUCACUCUGGGUCAGAGCUCCAGCCCUGCACUCUUCUCCUCACAGUGUUCUUUCGAGGCCCAGUAACUGGUGCGUGCUUCUAGAGCCUAUCUUUCCAGCUUGUCCCCAUCAAGCUGGGAAGCCCAGGCUUGUCCCCUUUCCUGCCCUCUGAGGUCCCAGGGCCCCAUGCAGGCAAGUGCGGGCUUGAGAAACCAUGCUGCCUCCGGGAGGUGGACAGGCAAUUCUGUCCAGGGUCCGGCCGGGCCGCGGUAGAGCUCCUCUGUGUGACUGCAUCACACACCUCGACUCGAUCCAAGCCCAGGACGCAUCAUGUGUGCCUGGUGGAAUCCUGUGAGAUGUGGUGGCCCUGGUGGUCCUCUCUUGCAACCAUAAUAGCAGGAGAGGGGAGCAGGCCUGUUGAACCUGGGAGCUAGGGCUGGGGGAGGAGCCACCUCGUAGGCCCUCCCCCGUAGGGGGUUCUGCACCCCCCAAGGCUCUGAGCUGACUCCUCCCUAGCCCCUAAGGCUGAGCCUGGGCCACAGGGACGGCUGCGUGGUCCUUCCUAUUCGUGGCCUAUUUUUCAUGGGUCCCAUCCCUGCGUUGUUCCCCACACUGGGUGUGGAUACAGGAGGCCCCACCCAGAGGGAAGGAGGCCUCACAUUCCUGGGCUUGCCCAAGGGGCAGCUUAGCUUGGCCAGGGCUCAAAGCCCUCAAGGCAGCCUCUGCCAGCUCCCAAAUAGAGCAUGGCCCCUCCCCAACUCACCCCUGAGCCCCUAGACUUCAGCCCUUCUAGCCAGGGUGUCAGGUCAGUGCCCAUCUCUAUCUGACUUCCAGUCGGAUGACGGAGCCCCCAGUUAGAGAGGGUUCUCUGUGUGGCAGGACUGGCCAAGUGUUUGUGCCCCGACACUCCUCCCCUCAGCAGACAAGCGGGGAACCCCCAGCACAUCUCGGGCCUGGCCUACUUCUAGGGAUACAGCAGUGGGCAAAACAGACAAAGACCCUCUUCUCUUGGUGUUCCCAUCCGCAUGACAGAACCAGAAGAUAAGACGGGUGGAAGACUUGGUAAGCCCAGAUGUGGCUGGUGUUGAGAAGAGUAAAGGAAGAAAGGUAGCAGAGGGGUCGGGGAAGGCUACAGUGCGAGGUUACCAGACGGGACCUCAUGGGGAAGACGGGACCUCAUGACAUCUGAGCCAAGUCCUAAUGGGUGGGGGGGAUCGCGAGUGUUCGCGUCCGCCUGUGCCUGAUGUGGGAGAAGAAGACAAACGGAGGAGGCAGAUCAAAGAGGACCCCGUGCGCCGGCCUUCUCGGUGGCUGAAGUCCCCGUCCCACUGCAGUGCGCGGCCGCCGUCAGCACACGCGCAAGGGCUGGUGGGACGCAUCUCUUCCCAGCUGCCUGUUAACUGACUGCUGCUGCUUGCAGUGGCCGUGGUGAGAGUGUUUGCGCAGAACCCUCCCCGGAGCCAGGUAGUAAACACUCGGAGCCGACCCUGGAGACCCAGAGGGGGUUUGCGCAUUGGCUCCCUCAGACACGACCAGUCUGGGGAGGCCGAAUAAUCAAGACGAAGGUGCACAGGUUAGGAAAUAUCAGAAAUCAGGGUCGAAUGUCCACAGAGCACAGACCUCACGGUCUCUCCACCAGACCACGUGAUGUCACGCGUGUUUGUUGCCCCUAGUUCCAUACUAAGAGGCCGUGAGCGUGCGUCGGGCUUCUGUACCUGUGAGUGGUGGUGUGUGUGUAUUGCUCACCUUGGCAUCAUGUACCUGCGGGCGUGGGCAUGGGUGGGGCAGCUGGCCGCAGGUCAGGCCCCCUCCCCUGAGCUCUGCUCCCCACAGGACCUCCGGGGCCUGGAGAGCCAGCCCGAAAACCUAGAGCAGCCGUUCCUGAGUGUGUUCAAGAAGGGGCGGCGGAGGGUGCCUGUGAGGGAUCUGGGCAAGGUUGUGCACUACGCCAAGGUCCAGCUACGAUUCCAACACAGCCAGGACAUCAGCGACUGCUAUCUGGAACUGUUCCACUCCUACCUCUACUUCCAGGCCCAUGGUUCCAAAGGACUCACCUUCCAGGGGCUGUUGCCGCUGAUGGAACUGAGCGUCUGCCCGCUUGAGGGGUCCAGAGAGCAUGCCUUCCAGAUCACAGGCCCGCUGCCUGCUCCUCUUCAUGUGCUCUGCCCCAGCCAGGCCGAGCUGGGCCACUGGCUGUACCACCUGGAAAAGCAGAUAGCCCUUGUGCGAGGGCCACAGCUCUGCCACUCGGUGCCCCUGCAGGGCUCCCCCGAGGGUGAGCUGCCCUGGACUCUGCAGCGCAGGCUGAUCCGGCUCCGGGCAGCAUCUGGACAUCGGACGGCGGGCAGCGCCGUCUGCGCCUCAAGGGUCAAGCUGCAGCAUCUGCCCUCACAGGAGCAACAGGACCGGCUCCUGGUCCUGUACCCGUCAUCCCUGGCUAUCUUCUCCGAAGAGGCAGAGGGGCUUUGCUUUAAGGGGGAGCUGCCCCUCAGUACCAUCCACGUCAACCUGGAGGAGAAGGAGAAGCAGAUCCGCUCUUUCCUGAUCGAAGGCCCGCUCAUCAACACCAUUCGUGUGCUGUGUGCCAGCUAUGAGGACUACAGCCACUGGUUGCUCUGUCUGCAGACCAUCUCGCCCCGGGCUGGAGGCGCCCCGUCGGCUGGCCUCCCGGGGCUGUGGGGGUCCACAAAGGUCAUGGGUGGCGGCCGAGGCUCCCUCUCCUCGGAUGGAAGAACCAGCUGGGACUCGGGGUGCCCCGCACCCCCCUCCACCCACACCAGCCACUCUCUCCCUGAGUCGUCAGUGCCGCCCACCACAGGCUGCCCUGCCCAGCCUGUGCCUGACCAGGCCGACCCUGGCCGCACCAGCACCCGCAGGCAGAGGGCCGAGCUGAGACGGAGCAGCAGCAGUCGGUCACCCAGGAGUGAGGCCCGGACCGAGGAGCCCAGCCUGGCCACCUCGCUGUACUUGGACCUGACCAAGCUAAGCAGGCAGAGCCUCGAGGACAACCCUGAGGCCCCAGACCACUCUCUGAAGACCCCACACUCCCCACUCUAUGCCGACCCCUACACACCACCUGCUACCUCCCACCACAAGAUCACGGACGUCCAGGGCCUGGAUGAGUUCCUCAGUGCAGCGCAGAGCUCACUUGGACCUGAGUCCUCGAGCCCGUUCCCCUCGGUCCCUGUGUCUGUGCCUGUCUCGGGCCCCAGCUCUGGACUCUCCGGUCCCCACUUGCUCUCCAAGAAGGGAGCCCUGCAGCCCAGAGCCUCUCAGCGGCACCGAGGCUCCGUCAAGGGCCAGGGGCCACUCCCUCCAGACUCCCCACAGCAUGCCGCCCCUGUGCAGGAAGUCUCGCCGGACCCCCUGCCACCUCCCUCAGGUGGCCACCCCCCCAAGAGCUAUGGCAACUUCCGGGACAACGCUUCCUCUCCCUCCCACAAGCGGUGGCCCCGAGGAGGACCUGAGCCUGGUGGGGGGCUCGUCCAGUGGAUCUGAUGGCUUCUGGGUGGCUGGUUCUCAGGACCACCUGCCAGCGUGGGCUCUGCUGUAGGGACUGCAGCACAGCCUGGGCCAUUCUUUGUAGGGCCACAGGCUGACCGGCAUCCAGGCCCCAAACCCCACCCAGUGCUGAGUCCGUGUCUCAUCCCAGCAGGCUGAAGAGAGCUCCCAACCUUCCCCGGGCUCUGGAGGGGCCGGGAGGGGGGCCGGCCGGGAGGGGGGCCGCAUCCUGAAGACGGCCUGGCGACGUGGCUGGACCCCAGAUCAGAGCAGGCCUCACAGGGGACCCGGCAGCAGCCCUUCCUCCAGGGAAGCAAUGAGGGAGGCCACUUGGCGCAGGCUUUACCUGCCAGUGGGGGGGGAAGCAGGUGUGAAGGUCAGAGGGCUGAGAACGUCAGGUUAGUGAGGGUCAGAGCACGUGAGGUCAGAGGGCGUGACGGUAGGAGGUCAGCAAAGUCCGAGACACAAGAGCAGAGGUAGAGGGCGUUCUGGGCGGGUGUCAGUGGGCUGGGGCAGGUCAGGAGAAACGGACAAGAGACUAAAUAAGAAAGAAAGGGAAGGUUUUAUUUGUGCUGUGUGUC